AUGAUGGGUAAACCAUUCGUGAUUAUUGUCGGCGGAGGCCCAAGUGGUCUGCUGCUCGCCCUUCUACUCGGGAAAGAAGGAAUCCCUGUCCAGCUACUCGAAUCGGCUGAAACGCUGGACGACCGACCACGGGCCACCCACUACGGCCCAGCAGCAGUGCGGGAGCUACAGCGAGCCGGCGUGUUCAAAGACAUGAAAGCGAAAGGGGGCUUUUUGCCAACUGGAGUUUGCUGGCGUAAGCUCCAUGGGGACAUCAUCGCGACUAUUCCUGGUCCGAAGGGCGACGAGGAACACCCGAUCAUCUGCCUACCAUUAAACCAGUUGAAUGAAGUUUUUAAGGACCAUAUCCGCCGGUUAGCAAAUGUCGAGGUACUAUUCAAUCACAAAGUGGUUGACCUAGGACAAAGCGAUAACGCUUCCUGGGUGGAUGUCGAAACACCGGAAGGGAAGAAGACCCUCGAGGCAAACUACGUUAUUGGCUGCGAUGGAGCAAACAGCAUCGUUCGUCGCAGCUUGUUUGGCGAUUUUAAUUUUCCAGGCUUUACCUGGGAAGAGCAGAUUGUGGCCACAAACAUUUACUAUCCGUUCGAAAAACACGGAUUCAAUAUCGACUCGAGCUUCAUCGUCCAUCCAGAACACUGGUACAUGGCAGCCCGCAUCACCACCGACGGGAUGUGGCGGGUUACCUACGGGGAGAUUCCCGGGCUCACGUUUGAGGAGCUCAAAGAGCGCCAGCCCAAGAAAUUCAAAGCUAUGCUUCCAGGUUCUCCCGAUCCCGAACACUAUCGGUUGGUGGGCUUCAGCCCGUACAAGGUGCAUCAGAGGCUAGCUGAGGCGAUGAGAGUCGGACGCGUGCUGCUUGCGGCGGACGCUGCACACUUGUGCAAUCCAUUCGGCGGGCUAGGUCUUACGGGUGGUAUUGUGGAUGUGGGUGGCCUCUAUGAUUGCCUCUACGGCAUCUACAAAGGGUAUGCUGAUGACGGCAUACUCUCUCUCUAUGAUCAAGUGCGCCGAGAAAAAUACACCAAUAUUAUCAACACAGUCUCCAGUGAAAACAUCCGACGACUGUUCAACCAGGAUCCUGAGCUUGCGGGGGACCUUGAUGAGUUUCUGAACCUCGUGAAGAGGGCGGAGACGGAUCCAAGCGUCUUGCAGAGUCUCAACACAGAAGCCAUGGCGAUUCAGUACGAUUUCAGAAAGCAUUAUCACACCCAGCCACAGGGGACAAUACUAGGACAGUGA